GUUCACUUCUUCAAAAAGUUAAAAGAGAGGGAACCAACUGUUAAAGUAAGAGUUGCUGAAAGGUUAGUAUUGUUGCAAUGUACUGCCUGAACUUAGUGACCUAACUGUCCUGCGUUGGUGUCAUGUUGUCUGACUAUGUGCGGUGAACUAUUUUAAUGAACUUCUAUUCUAAAUGUUGCCAAAAUUGUUUUGUUAGCUAGAGUGGGUGGUCAUGUGAUGUUGGGUAUAACAGUAAUGUAGAUUUGAGAAUAAACUUAGUUGUCACUCACACCACAAUUUUGAGUUCAUGUCCAUUUAUUCUAUUACAUGGUGUCAUGUGGUCCAACUCCAACCACCGCAACAGCAAGAAUUACAUGGAAAUGUUGCUGUGCAGUGGGUACGACUUAAGUACAUGUAGUCAUUUAAAAACAUACAAGAUUGUCAGUGCACUGAAUACUAAAAGUAAAGAGGUGCAUGUGAUAGGCAAUGAUGUAUGUGAUAGGCCAGGAUGCGCGUGAUAGGCAAUGGAUCCAUGUGAUAGGCAAUGAUGCGUGUGAUACUCAAUGAUGCAUGUGAUAGGCAAUGAUUCAUGUGAUUGUCAGUGAUGUAAGUGAUAGGCCAGGAUGCGCAUGAUAGGCAAUGGAUCCAUGUGAUAGGCAAUGAUUCAUGUGCUGAUUACUAUGCAUGUGUUAGGACAGGAUUCAUUUGAUUGUCAGUGAUGCCUGUGAUAGGCCAUGAUUCAUGUGAUUGUCAGUCAUGCAUGUGAUAGGCCAGAAUUCAUGCGACAGUCAAUGAUGUAAGUGAUAGGCCAGGAUGCGCGUAAUAGGCAAUGGAUCCAUGUGAUAGGCCAGGAUUUACGUUAUAGGCAAUAUGCAUAUGAUAGGCUAUAAUGCAUGUGAUAGGCAAUGAUGCAUGUGAUAGGCCAGGAUGCAGUCCAAGUUUUCAAUACGUCACUGUUGACUGACAAAGAAUGUUACAUAAAUAAGUCGUGCAGCACUGUCAAAUGUAAUUUUUAAAAUUCUAAAAUCACCUUCAUCCAAGAACUAAUGUAUCAAUCGAAAGACAUGUUUUUUUUCGAAAAGUAAAAUUGACAGAGAAACCUUUGUUAGUUUUUGAAACCGACCUCAAACCCAAAGCAAAGUCACGUGGAUUCGAAAGUCUGAAAGACUUGUUGAUAAGGGACAGUAUCAUAGGGGCAAUUAAGAGUGACAGCGAAAAUACUUGACUUGACCCUCAACAAAUUAGAAAACAUAUUUAGGACAGCUUAGACAAUGGCGCGGCAACUAAAACUAAUGAGUGAAUUACUUGCUGUACAUGGUACACGCUGCUAGAAAAUUUCCAGUAUCAUUCCUAGAUGACCUAAAAAAAAAAAGAAGGAUUUGAGUGCAUGGAAAGGCGUCAUUAAGAAGGUGGAUGAUCACACUGCAUUAAUCAAUCAACUCGCUGAUUAUUGUUUUUAUAAAAAGCGGUGGUUUAAGGAUAGGUCUUGAUCAUACAUACUUUAACACUACAUUAAAUGAGGACAAUACCAACCACCCACCAUUAAAGAAAUGGCUAACAGACUUGGUGGCAGCAAGAUUUUUACUGUUUUGGACGCUAACUCCGCUUUUUUUUGGCAAAAUAACCUAGAAGAAAACUAUACUGACCGUAAUUCAACACACCUUUUAGAUUGGACAAGGUGUGCGACAUUCGCUUGGACUCAUUUUAUCCAAAACAUAUUUGCUAUAAGAUUACGCAAGGUUUUAAAAAAAAAUUGAUAACUGGUAGAAAUUUGAAAAUAAAACGAUGCAGAUUUGUAGCCACUUCUGGAUACAGCAAGAGAGAAAGGGAUCAAUUCAACCAGCUACAUUUUGUGUAUGAGUCAAGGAACAGUAAAAUAAAAUAUCAAAUCUCAUCUACGUCAGAUAGAUAAGAGAGGUGGCCAAAAGUCGCCUAUUUUACUGAUCCACUCUGCGGGCAGUUUUCCGGUUUCAUCCCAGGACACCAAAGCAAAUUAUUACAACUAAAAAUAGAAUAAAAUAAAAAUAGUUUCUAAAUGAAAAGUAAUCUCCGAGAGAGCGGCAAAAGAAUGGUAAAAACCUAAAUUUGGCAUGAUCGCCGGAAAUCCAAAUAUUAUAGGAACCACUGAACAAGCACAUUGAAGAUCCGGUGUAUGAAUUAUUACUGUACUACUGCGAUUACUGAGUAUUAUUGAAGUGAUAUCUAGCUAGUUCAUUUGUGAAAAGGAAUUACAACAAUUAUGACGAUAAUUCCUGCACAACAUUGCGUGAUAUUUUUACAGCAAUGUAAAUAUAAAUAAGCUAUUUUUGGACUGUCAGAUGGAGCUGAAACUCUUCACUACACUGGCCUUUGCGGAGAAUUAAUAAUAUAGGACAAAUGGAAAUAAGACGAGCAAGACGUCGCUGCCAAUAUUCACACUUAAAUGUGUGAUUAUUGGUUGGGGAAUUGGAGUGAGUGAUCAAAUCAUGUUGGCUAUAAAGGAAUGUAGUUUAUUGAAAAAUGUCAGUUGUUAAACAGGGCAAAUUCAUGAGUCGGUAUUUUAUUCAACUAUUACAGUAGCCGUUAGCAGGCCCCACAACUCGAGGCAAUCCGUCAACCGUAUCUCCUUGCAACGCAUCAGAUUUAAAAGUCUGUAGAAUCUCAGUUUCAAAAAACAAUACUUUUACUCCAUAGACAUGUAUUCCUUUAGGCAAAUAUAAUGAUUUUGUUAAAAUUUCUGAAAAGAAGUGGAGUUGCAAGUCAGACUUUGAUCCCCUUCCAUUUUGUUUUAACAUGCAUCUCUAGCCACCUAUCAAUCAUAUCCCAUCUUCGCUUAUUAGGAUAGAAUCACGAACCUCCACAUAUAUUCGCUAAACUCACACCAUUUUUCACUACCUUACAAUAUGUAUUCCAAAACGCUUUCUUGAAACCAGAAUAUUGUCGUACCAUCCCUUGCCACAAUCGAAUACUUUUUUUGUUCUACAGACACACUAAAAUUCCAACCUUGUGUAUACUCUUAGUCUGUAGAGACCAACUCAAAAGAAAAAAAAAAGGACAUGCACAUUAAAAUUGACAGAUAAAGUACUAAAAAAUCGAUAAAAGGUUAAUUGUUUGAAACAAUUUGACCCCAUCAUUAUAUAAACGUACGCUGGCGGUGUCACUACAUAUACCCACAUAUAAAUGUUUUGUAUUUCUGCUAGUUUAAAAAAAAAAUCGAUUUUAAAAAUAAAUACAUAUUAGAAGAAAAACAUGCAAGACGCUCCCAUAAGAAACUAUGUAGUUAGAAUUGUAAGGGUUGAAUUGAAGGGUUCCAGUUGUUUGAGGAGAGGAAAUAAAGGGUGGGUCUUUUUGGGAAAGAUUGUUGGAAGGUAGCUGGGUUGAGGGUUUAGAUGGCGAGGGUAGGGCUUGAGAGGUCAGGGUUCGGACCGUUCUGCAUUGUAACUGAGGUGGUGGAUAAGAUAGCGUGAUUAUUUUGGGAAAUAACAGCUGCUGGAAACUGGAUGUUUAAAAGAAACGGGGAAAGAGAUCUUUAAAAUUGAUUUUACAUUAUUCUUUAUUUAAGUAGGCCUCAGAGUGACAAUAAAAGAGGUGAAGUUUUAAUUUGAGAUGACAUAGAACCUAAUGUUAAACUUUGGUUUAAAAGUUUAGAAUUAAUACAAGAGCAGAACAUGGUCGGGAAAUACCUUGAAUAACAGUUGUAUUGAUGCGCGACAGUUCUUUUGAUAUUAGGUGCACUGUGGAUGCGUGAGAGCCCUUGCGAUAUACGAUGUUAACACGAUACAAACUUCAAUGUGUUGUAGAAGUUAUAAGGGAUUUGGGAGGGUGGGGGCUAGAGGCAGUGAAGGAUGAAUGAUUCGCUUGGUUGAAUGGAGUUAUAAUAUGUUACACUGGCAAUACAAAUUGGAACAUCCGCUUAACAUUGGAUGAUAUCUGCCAAUUAUGUAUCAAGAAAUAUUAUCUUUCGUUUUAGAAUAUAACUAGCGGAUAUACCCGGCAUUUACGGGGAUAUCAUCCGGAACGUAGGAACUUCUACAGACUACAGCCUUAUAGUUAUUCCGAUCCCGGUGGGAUCACAAUCCAAUCGGUAUGUCGCUCCAGUUAGUAUACCGUUUCCCGGUGUGAUGGGAAUCCCUCAGGUUCCCUAUUCAGGUAUUAUCCCAAUCCAAUCGGUUGUCCGAUCCUGAUGGUAUCUCGGUACCAGCAAGAUAACAAUAUCAAUGGGAUCCCGAUUCCGUGGUUAAAUCCCGUCAGCUGUCAGAUCCACAGAUCUCCGUGGGUUUCAGUUUUCCGAUAGGAUUCCGAUCCCGUCAGUAUCCCCUUUUCCGGGGGAUACUCUUCUCUGAUAGGAUCCCAUUUCCUCAUAGGAUCCCGAUCCCACUUUGAUCCCGUUACCCGAUUGGUUCGCGUUAACGUUCUUGUUAACGUUCCUAUAAUCUUUUACAUCCCUUUAAAUAUCCCUCUGGAACUAUUUAGAAAUUUCCAGAAAAUUCUAGAUUACAGUUAAUAACCUCCUAAAUUGUGUAAACAAUAACUUUAAGUAAUUAGUUUUUGAACUCAAAACAUUAUACAACUAAAUGCACUUCUAUAGCUAUAAUACAUUUAAGCUUAAAGAGUGGGUACAGUGGGGGCCGAUUCCAUAUUUUUUGCGAAUCAGUUUUGCCUGAGAUGGGGAACCGAAUAAAAAUCAUUCAGAUAAAUUAUGAAAUUAAAAUUUGUCUGAUUAAAAUGGUUUAAAAAUGCCAUAGAUAUAGCUUUAAAUUUAUCGAGCUUUCUGAAAAAUUCUAGAUUAAAUAUUCUUAGUUUUAAAUCCACCGAAAUUUCAAUACGGAAAAUGAACGGAAUUGUAACCAAACUAGGCCUAUAUCCAUGAAUUCACAUAGAAGCUAAAAUAGUGUCUAGGCCUAUUGAUAUUUAUAUAGCUUGUAUAAAUAUAAAUGAAAUGGGGCCCCCAACCCUAGAGGAAUAGGUAUUUUGAGUUCAGUACCCCUCGGUAUUUGAAUAUGGGUAAUCAGUUGUAUGUUUACUAAGUUUGGUCAAGAUCCAUCUAUUCACGUAAGCGUAUUAAGCCUAUUGAUAUUUAUAUAUCUUAUACUAGAAAAAAUGAAACGGGGCCCCCGGCCCAAGAGGAAUGGAUAUUAAGUGUUCAGUACCCUUCGGUACAUGAAUAUUGAUAAUAAAUGGUUUGUGUAAUAAGUUUGAUCAAGAUCCAUCUAUGUGUGUAAAAGUAAUUGUUGUUAAUUGCUCAUAUAAGAAAAAAAAAACACGAUUUUUUAACCCUGGGUCCAAACGGAUUGUUGUAAAAAGUUUAUAAACCCUUAAGGGUUCCUUCCAGAUAAUGAUGGAUAUAUGUGCCAAUUUGUUCAAGAUAUAUCAAUCCAUGUAAAAACGUAUGUGGAAAUCAUCCACCCAAAAACAAACAAACCUUCACUAUUAUAUAUGAUAUGAUAUAUGUCUAACAUUUGACAAAAAUUACCUUAAACAUAUUUUUACUUUUUCUGGGAUUUUAAAGCUAUAUGGAGCACUCCAUGCAGCUAUGUCAUAGGGGGUGAGGUCGACAGGAUAAAACCAAAUGGAAAAUUGAAAAUUUGACACAAUUUGCCGUGGUUUCAUUCCUUUAUCCAUAAAAUCAUUAAGUUUGUGAGGCCAGAAUCAGGUCGAGAUUUAGGUUCUUUUACUCCAGAAAAAAAAAAUUAAAAAUAAACUUGUAUUUCAUUUCCUCAUUACUGGAUGUUUUAUCUGAAAAUGAACUAUUAAUUGAAAUAGCAAAUAUUCGAAUGAAGAUUAACGCAACAGAUAUUAAUUUCGAUAGUGUUAACGAGCGAUGAAUUGUUGGAAAUUGUGAACUCCCAGCUGAAUAGGACUUCCUAGAAUCUCUGUCAAACCUCGCACCUUCAAUUAUUUCUCACCAUAUGCUAGUCCGUGACUCAACCUUUGAAAACUAUAUAUCUCAUGGGACAGUCGGGUGCUUCUAGCUGUUUGAUGUAUUCAUUUGAAAAUGGAAGUGAUGCAGUGAACAAUGUUGAUUAUGAUGAAGUUAUUGACAUGUUUGUUGAAGUGAUCGACAGUUUGUUAUCCUUCGAACACCAGGCACGUACAAUUUUAAACUUAAAUUUUAAUAUAAAAAAAAAAUAUUUAAAAAAAUGUGUUUCGCCAAGAAGGAUUUAUUUUAGUUAAGUACAAAAUAUAUUAAAUAAAACAUGGCACGACAUGAAAUUGUUUGGGGAGCAAUUCUACCAGCGGACUGUACGAUCUGGUCAACAAUUACUCCAUGAAGAUCAGAGGGGAGGGGUAGUCAGAGAAAAGGAAAAGUAGGUGGGGGGGGGGUUACACAAUGACAUUACCGAAACCGGUGGCGCCAACCACAUUGACGCCCCUAAAUCCGUGUAGAGAUAAAAGAGUCUGAAACAAUUAAAACUGUUUUAAAGAUUAAACAACAAACAAAUCAUUAAGGCUUAUUUCAGCUCUAAAGUAAUUAAACACAGCAACAAAACAACAAACAAAACUGCAGCGAGGUAAAUAAAUUAACUCAAAGCUUAUUUCCCACUUUUUUCAUUGAUUCAACAUAAUGCCCAGUGCCACUAGUAAAAUUCCAGCAGCUCUAGAAUUUCAUCUCAGACACACCUGCACCAAGUUAUUUUACGCUUGGAUACACACAAAUCUAAACACGCACAUUAUUGUUUUAGGGACUGAAAACGUAAACGUUAACUUUGAAAUCUAGGUCAACUUAACUCAAGCAGUAUGUCGUAGCUGUCACAUAAACGUUCAAUUUAUUUCUUGUGCUUAGUCUGCCAUGGCGCUGGCUCUUAUGGUGUCGCAGGUGUGUUUCUUUACACAAUUGUUACUGUGUCAUUUUUAACGUGUCGUCAUUUAAGAGUUACAUAUACGUACAGGAAUUUCAAACCUUACGUUAUGUUCCUACUUGGGACAUAUAUGUACUUUUCUGUUACGUUGCCUUUUUUAAAAAUAAUUAGCCCAGCUAUCUAUUAUGUGUAUCUGAAUUCGUUUAUGAAAGCAAACGUAUUCUAUUUUAAAACGAAAGAUCGUGGUAUUGAUUUACCUACAAUAAAUGUACAAGGAGGAAGUAAAACAAGAUAAGGUUUUACACAUAAUGCUGAAUAGUUUUUUAUAAACUGUUGUGUGGUAUGCCACGGAUUACCAUUUCUACACAUUCAUCGUAAAUGACGAACACGAGAGACAUGAGUGGUUACAUCAAAUCAAAUAGUGAAAUGAUCUAUUCAGAGCAUGUGUUACCUUUAAUGCAACAAACACACAACGUGUUAACGUAUUUUUAACAAUUCUUUCUUAUGUAUUUGAACUAAACAAGAACUCAAAGAAGCGUAAGUGAUCAGGAUGCGUGUGACUACCCUGCAAGUUGUGAUAGUAUUCUGUUUACUCUGUGUCAUCACACCUGUAGCGUCAGGUAAGCUGUUUUUUAUUUAUGGACAUAUAUCUCGGAAAUAUUGAUAAACAUAAAACAAAACGUGUCUUAAUAAAUAUAUAUAUAUUUAUUAUUGAAUUUAUACAUUUUUGUCUAAGAACACAUUUAAUCUAAAUUUAGGUUGCGACACUGGAUGGUUUGGUAAUAGUUGUCAGUACCAAUGUCAUUGUAGUAGCAACUAUUGUGACGACAGUGGGGAGUGUACAGAUGGCUCAAAAUGUGACAGUGAAUGGUUUGGACCAGCUUGUCAGUACCGUAAGGAUGAAUUCCCAUUCUUUUAAUCUAUUCAGUUAGUGCAUAAAUAGUAGAGUACAUAAAUUCCACAACCAUUUUAACUUAAUUUUUGAAAAUAAAUUAUAAAUUUCAUUGAAUUUAAAGAAGGUAGAGAAGUGUUCCCGUGCUUCUUUCAUGGGUGUUAUAUUUAAUCAAUGAUGAUAAUACAGUUGGUGUUUUUUUUUUAUUUUCGCUGCACACUUAUAAUACACCUAACCCAUAUAGUCAAUGAAAGCUUGUCUUCUGUCACUGUUCCCUCUAUUUAUAAGUCCCAAAGACUUGCACAAAAACAUAAGGUGAACUAUCGUUCUUUUUCUGUCCCUCCAAAAAACGAAAUUCUCUUCCAUUACACAUCCACAAUAUACCGACCAUCCCAGCCUUCAAAACUGCACUAAAAACACAUCUUUUUAAAUUUUACUUUCCUGACUAAUUCCCACCUCUGACCGAAAAACGAUGCUACUGGGUGUCGUCCAUGGCGUGACAUGUAAAUAGUUUUAAAAUAUCCAUUUGUUUUGUUUCAUUUAAUUAAUGUAUGCCAGUUAAUUUUUUUAAAUUUUUUUUUUUAUUAUGUUUGUUAAAUUGUAUUUACAGCGUGGUGAGCCCAGACCUAGGCUAAGGUACCACGCUAUAUAAACCACUUAUAAUAAUAACAUAUAAACAUAUAGCACAUAUUGCACUUUAAAUAGUUAUCAGAGUAAUUGUGCAAUUUCAUAUAAUAGCCACAAAUAAAAAUAACAGCUUUAAAAUGUUAUUAAACAUGGACUAUAUGCUUGGUAUUAGGUUUUGGCUGUGAACCUAUUCCAUAUUUAUUCAAUGUAGGCAAGAUAAAAUUCUAUAUUUAAAUAACAUUAAAUUCUACUUUCUUUAAACACAUAGUUUCUUUAUUUAUGAAUAAAACAAUAUAUACAUUGGAAUGAAGGUGCCAAAGUGUUCCACUUGCAAUAAAAUGCCGUUCUACGACAUGACAACACAGAACAUAUUGCCUAGAUUACAAGGAUUACAUAGUUAUAAUUUUAUUAUGAAAAAAUUGCAAGAUGAAUAACCAGUUACAACGUUUUUCGUAGAGUUUGGAUACACAAGUUAAAAGACAUUUUUAAAAAAAAUAAUAAAACGGAUCAUUUGUGAUCUAUUGAAGAACCGCGGUUAUAAGCGUACGAAUGAAAAUCUUUAAAUAUUGUGUCACACAGAGACAUUUGUUGUAAUCAAUUGUAUUCCGUUCAAAUGGUAAACAUUUUUUUUUACAAGUAAUUUUGUUCAAUUGGCAUGUUUGUUGCAGAGGACUUAUUCUCCUUUGCUGUGACAUCAACAGUACCAACAAUUGACCAGCAUACCCUUAAAGACCGAGAUGACAAUACAUGUUUGAAUGGAAAUAUGGAAAACAUAACAAUAAACUUGAACUCUAGUUACACCAUUACAUGGAUCAGAGUAACUGUAAAGAAUACGGGUAGGUUUUACUCUUUAUCGAUGUAAAUAAACCUUAAGAAGAUGUAAACAUAAGUUUUUUUAAGCUGACAUAUAUAUAUAUAUAAUAUAUAUUUUUUAAAGAACAUUUUUAAGAGUGUUAAUUAAAGGUUACACUGAAAUAGGUAGGCAAUCGUUAAACAACCUUUUCAACUAGUAACUAGAUUUGCUUCAAAAUAAUAAUUGCUCCAUGGAAUAUUUCUACGAUUUAAAAUGAUUUCUUGAUAUGAUUAUACAGAAACCUCGCUCGACAAAAACGUAAAACUCUAGACACUCUAGGAAAUGGUAAAUUAGAUGCGGUUAUUUUAAAUUAGAAUCUAUAAAUAGAUAUUUGCGUUUCUGAAUUGUGAUUUUUUCAUAAUUUAUUUUUAUUUUUCUACAUAAUAUAGACAACCCAACAACUUUUCAGGCUAUAAAAAUAACAAAAAGUAAAUAUAUUUUCAAAUAAGGGGUUACAGAGUUUUGCCACGUUUCAAUAAUUUAAAUAAAAGCUUGCACUUUAACCUACGCCUUACUGCUUAUCAAUAUGGACUCUUCUACACCAAAUUAGGGAUUUUUUAGCAACUUAAAAAAAAAAGUGCAACAAAAUAAAUAACAAAAAAUCACAAAAUAAACUUCUUCGUUAUAUUUAAAGAACAUGAUAUAGACUUAGAAAAACAUAAGAGCUAUUAUAGGGCUAUUUAUGUAAUAUUAAGGACGUUAUAGAAAAUUAAACGUAAAUGAUAGAGCUUAAAACUACUUAAAGAUAUUUUAAGAUGGUUUUACAUUCAUUCAUCAAUUCACUUAGAGCUCUAUAUUGUUAUCUUAGAUUUAAUUUUUUUCUCAAGCUUACUCAAGACAACAUGAAAAAAGGGCCUGGGACACCUAAAGAAAUUAUCAGCGAUAGACAUUUUUAGGUUCCAAUAACAUAGGCAAUUGUCACCCUCUGGAAAAUUAUGGGAAUAUUUAAGAAAACAGACAAAAAUUAGCCCCUGUGUGAUGAUUAAACAUCGUACCCACCUUGAGCCGGCCAUGACUAAUGGGGUGAAUAUUAUGAGCUCCAACCCUACAGUUAUUAAUAUAGAUUUUCAUGCGCAUGUGUACCAGGUUUCCGCUACCCCACAGACAACUGCUAUGCAAUGAUAAUAACGGUUAAAGCCCCAAGACAGUAAGUCCCUAAUAACGCAAAAGCACCAUUUAAGCUUGGCCCUGAACUGUGGGGUAAUUCUAAUCUAAUGUACAGCCACCCUAUACCACUAAAUAAACCGUAGUUUCCUAAAAUAGUUUCUUUUUUUAUAUUUAAAGAUUAUAAUUUCAUUAAACUCUCAUAGCUUGUUUAAAACGUUAUUUCAAAUAUAUGUUGCUAGUUCAAUAUUCUGCAAACAUAGAAUCAAGUAUUUAUUUCAAUUUAUUGCACCAAACAAGACCUACCGGUGGCGUACCGUGACUAAAUCCAACCCCGGGGAACUCCUGAAAAGGCGCCCUUUACAAUAAUUCGUCAGUGGAUCUUGUCCCCCCCCCCCCCCCCCCCCGCACUCAUUGUGCACCGUUGUGCAUUCUUAAUCGUUGUUUACCCCUUGUGCGAUUAAUUACUUUUGCACCAAAUGCACACAAAAGAAGACGUGCCUAAGUCAUUGAGUUUAAUAUAAUAUAUAUGGUAUACCAAACUGUCACCUCCUAUUAAUACUUAGCAAUGGUGAUGAAUCCUAAACAUUAGAAAAAAAACAAAGAAAAUAUUGUUUUUUUUUAAACUUUCAAAUCAGGGCAUAGAUCCCGGGCUUUGUGACAUUAAUUAAAAUAACAUGGUUACAGGGUAAAAGAAUCCUCAAAAUCCGGGCAUGCGAAAUUAAUUAUUGUAGAUUCUGCCUCUCUGCAUGUAUUUUAACGCACGCUAUAGUUCUGUUUUUCCCCAUAUAAUCUUUAAGAACUUUUUUAACGGAUCUUUUAAAGCGCCACGAAAUUUUAUAUAUAGAUAAUACUUAUUUGAAAACGCACCGUUUUGAAUCAAAGCUUUAUUAAAAGUGCUAACAUCCAAAUUAAAGUAUCUCAAUCAAACCAUAUGUUUAUGGAAUGACAAUUUCAAGUCAUUUAAGAAUAAAAUGUUGUUUUUUACUAUUUAAUUUAUACAAUUUUACUAUUUUUUUAAAUACAAAUUAAGUGAUACUAGGUAUUGUGAUGAAAUGUUUCUAGAAACCACGUGUAGGUCAGGAAGUAUGACCAUAGUUCUAAUGUAUUGUAAUACGGUUUUGCAAAUUUUAUUAGUUUUAAGCUUAGGCUCGUGUGUUGAGCAAUAUGGAACAAAACAAACAAAAAAGACUGAAGAAAAUAAGACAUCAAAGCUUGUGAUACUAGAAAAAUUCAAUUUAAUUCCACUAUUAAAUGUAUAUAAAAAUACAAAAUACAAUUUAUUUAUUUAUUUAUUUAGGCAUUACCAUAAAGCUCUAAGCACUUUACAAUUAUUAAAAACAUGUAAACUAAGUAAAAUAAAAAUGAGACACUAGGAUAGUAACUACUAUACUAUAGAAACAAUUAAAAUGGUUAUAAAACGAGGACACUUUGGCAGGUGUUGGCCUAUACUACAGGAUUAACCCAAGACAGAAAAUGAGGCAGGGAAAGGAGGGUGCAUCACGUGUCAUAGGCGGACCUAAACAGAUGGGUUUUAAGGGACUUUUUAAAAGUGGACCAGGUUUCACAAUGACGGAUAUGGAAGGGGAGCUGGUUCCAGAACGUGGGCCCAUGGAAGUAGAAUGAGCAUUCACCGAUGGUCUUAGUUUUGGUUCUUGGGAUUGAGAGGGUUCUAUUGUCAAUGGAAGAGCGUAGUUGUCUUGUGGGGAUGUAAGGAAGCAAAUAAACCAAAAUAAAAAAUAUAUCGACUUACAGCACAACAAGGAAAAAAUUAAAAUCCUUGAAAGAUCUAGAAAAUAAUUCCUAGAAAUUGCAUCCCUUGAUAGCAUUUUUUAUAACAAAUUAAAACAUGAUCCAGCGUAAAAAAAAACCUUUUUUCCCGAUCAAGGGUGGAUUGGGUAAAAAUGAUUGAAGCUACCUGUUCAAUCUGUGACGUAAAUAUUAAAACAAAAAUGGAGGAAGUGAGGUAAGGUUGAUGGCAACAUAUUAUCAACACACAGGCACGAUGUCAUGUUGUUUUUUUGUUGUUUUUUUUGCAAUCUAUUUUGUUGUUCCUUUAUUAAAGAGAAGCGAAAUAAAAUAAUUACAAACAAUGAACUAGCAGCAUUUUCACACUGAGCUUUGUAUAGUAGAAGCUUUAAAAGCUGCAUACUGUAGCUCAAACGCACAUGAACAUAAACAAUCUCUCUGUACCCUAUGUCUAUGCAGGUUUUAAACGUAACAUCACAAUGAUGUUAAAUGAUGCACAAGGCUCUACAUAUACUUGCAACAAGGCAUAUCUCAUCGAUGACACAACUAUGGAUCUAGUAUGUGAUGCUCAGAUCUUAACGACACAACUAACACUGACAGGCCAGGACGUUGGAUACCUGUGCUCACUCAGUAUCAGUGGAGGUAAAAAUAUCAAAGGAGUAUAUGUAUUUUUUAAUUUAAAAGGUGAAGUCAAACUAUUACCUAUGGCUCCAUUUCUUGGUGUAUUGACAUUUUUUUACUUGAGAAAUUUUAUUUAAUCCGGCUUUGAUUAAGUUUUGUUGAGGAUAUUUCUAUUUCUAGACAAUGUUUCCAAUAAGAAUCUAUAUAUGUCACAAUCUUUAAUUAUAAAGAAUCAUGUAGGUUGCAUAAUACAUCCAUAAUUAGACAAAUCAGUAAAUAACUCGGGCACUUGUGAAUUUUUACAUAAUUGACAAAAUAUGAUAAUAUUUCACGUCUAGCAGCUAUUGUGCAAUUUUAUUUUUUAUUGAAAAUUGUUUCAUCUUCCCUAAUUAUCAACACAUUUAAAAAAAAUUCUUAUCGAAUUAUUCAUAAUGUAUGUGUCACAAACUAGGAGCAUACAAAAGUACUGCUAAUCAUUGUAUAUUUCUUGGCUAGUUUAAUCCUUAAACUUACGCACCAAUAUUCAUCUUCUUUAAAGCUAUUAAUAUAGGUGAGAUAAAUUACAAUUUGUUUGAGUUGAAAAAGGGAUGUAAUCUAAGUUUUACAAGACAGAUUAACGAAACAGAUAAAGUUCUUAAAACAAGUAACUUUGUAACGUAAUGGCACUAAAGAUCAAGGCUUUUAAACGUUAUGGAUAAUUUAAAUUAAAACCUUUCCCAUUCACCACUAUAUUUUGUAUUUAAAAUGAUUAGGUAUAAUGAGAGAUUAAAAGACAUUUUUGAGACUAAAUUGUUUAGUUAAAAGUGUUACAACCUAUUUCAGGACGCAAUGUAGCACUUAAACAAAGAGCUGUGCAAUCAAGUGAAUACAGUGAUAAAAACAUUGCCAAUAAAGCUGUAGAUGGUAACAGAAAUACAGACUUUACUAAAGACUCUUGUACACAUACAGCUGUUUUGGAUGCCCAACCAAACUGGAACGUACAAUUCUUGACCAAUAAAUUGGUAAACAGAUAUGUGUUGUUCAACAGAGCGAAUAGUAAGUACUUAUGUGAAAUGAAUUGAAUUCAUGCAAUUUGUAUUAUAUAUUUCUUUUUCUUAAUAUAAAAACACGGCAUUGAUACCUACAUAAUGUCGAUGUUUUAUUUUUUGUAUAGAAUUAUAUAUACCAUAAUUCUAAUCAUGUAACUGUCUGCGUUUUAAAAAAAUAAUUUUAUAUGCAAGUUGUUAAAUUUAAGAAAGAACAAAAAAAUGGAUUGGGAAAAUUUUUAAAAUGUUCCUUAAUUUUUAUUCUCCCUUAAUUUACACAUUAGUAACUUUUUCUCUCCUUUAUUAUAGUCACUUCUUUAAUGCUCAAUUAUCCUUUUGGCUAAGUAUUGUCUUGAUGAAGUGAAUCAAAAUGUAGAGAAAGUUGAGUCAUUUAAGUACUUAGGUUUCACCAUUAAUAAUAAGCUAACAAGGCAGGAGCACGGUCAUAGGUUGUAUAAGAAAUUAAAACAAAGACUGUGCUACCUAAAAAAAAAACUGUAAUAUUUCGGCGUAAAGAAACAAGUCAUUAAGUUCUUCUACAGUGCAACAAUUGAAAGCCUACUUAGUUUCAGUAUUAAGCUUCCUGCUGGUGUGGGAAUUCAACGUCUGAUAUUAAACACCGCAUAAACCGACAAAUCAAGAAAGCUACGAACAUAACACAAACUAAACAUGCUUCACUUGAAGAACUUUUCAAAGAAAGAUGUUAAUUUGAAUCUAAAUAAAAUUUGGAUUAUAUAUCCCACCCUCUUCAUCACAGAUACUUUGGAUCGGCCCGUUCAGGGCGAAUUCUUUCUCUCAGUGCGAGGACUGAAAGAUAUAAACAUUCGUUUGUUCCCCCAUCUGUACGAAGAGUGUUUCUUUCAGAAAUUUUCCACCGGGGGAGCACUUCAGAUUUUCGGAGUGAGGGCACUUAAGAUUUUUCGGGGAGGUAUUGCCAGCAGUUCCAGUUGAUUUAUUGUUGCACAUAUGUUUGGUACGGGGAGAACUUGGCUUUUCCCGUGGGGGGGCACUGCCCCCCGGCGAUAUAGCUGACACAGACUCUGUGUACGAUUUUACCAGAGUGCUCCCUCCUGAGGUCACAAAUCUUAAUGAGAACUAAUAAGUCCCCUAUAUUGCUAAGAGAAUUCAUUGGAUUGCUGUUUUUUUUUUUGUGUCUUUUUAAAAUUAUUUUUAAAAAUAUUUUUUUAACUUGUGGAAUAAUUUAUUAUAAAUGUCUUAUGUUUAAAUGGUAUUAUUUGCGUGCUGAAAAUGUACAAUGCAAUUUUAAAACAUUUCCAUUUUUUAUCAAUGAAAAGAUCUUAUCUUAUCUUAUCUACAAUCAUUGGAUUUAAAGAUAUUUUCAUUCACGAAAAAAUGUGAACACUUUAAGAUUCCAACCCCCAUUUAAUUCACCUUAUAAGAUUAAUUAAUUAUCAAAUUCAUUGCUUUAUUCUGAGACUUACCUUGUCGUGUGUGGGGAAAAAACAAAGUUUUGAAUAUCCGUCCCUCGUAGUUUUAAUAAAAAGUUACAUUAAUAAUAUCAUCCACGAGAUGGUAGCCCCUACAUAAGCAAUCACGUGAUUUUUCACGUCCUUCAACUUAAAUAAAAUUCUUAAGUCCCAUAUCCCUUUGACCACACAUUGUUUUAUAUUUUCUAUAGUCCCGUAUAUUGAAAUAUUAUGGUUUUUUUUUAUUAUAACAUUUAAAUAUACCUAAGUUCAUAUCAGUCACAUACUUGGGUUUUGGAAUAUUGAUAUCAACAUGAACCAAUUGCAACUUCAUAACGUUUGUUCUUAUUUGGAUGAGCGAUAGAGAAUUAGUGAGUUCUAUUUGGCUAUGAAAUUUUGCAGCACUAACUUCACUGCACUAAUUUCGCUGCACUAAUUUCACUGCACUAAUUUCACUGCACUAAUUUCGCUGCACUAAUUUCGCUGCACUAAUUGACUUAAACGGAAUUUCUUAAUUACAAGUAUUUUUAAACAUAACGUUUUUAUCCCUUUUCAAAUUUGAAUAAAGUAAAUUUUAGGAAUGAAAAAUAAGUAAAAAGUUAUUACAUUUUUGAAAAGACUAAGUAAACAUUUGAUGCGUUUUAUUAACAAUUUAAGCUGUAAUCAAUUAUAUUUAUUAAUUUCAAUCUUAAGAGGAGGGUAAUACAAUCUCAGUUAUGUCACACGUGGCUCUUAAUAAUUAAAAAAAAAACGUGAAGCAUUUUAUUUUCAAGUUUAAAUUUUGCUUCUAUGAAAUUUAAAAAAAAACUUUUUAAUUUGAUAUUGUUAGAAGAAAUUUAGAUAAAUAUAAUUUUUAUUUAAUUUUAAAAUAUUAACAACCCAUUAAAAAGCAGUUGUUGGGUUUUUCCGAUAAAUGUGAUUAUUAUUGCAUAAAAAUAAAAAAAAAAGUAUUAAAUGAACUUUUAUUAUUCAAUAUUAUAAGUUUCAAAUUCUGAUAAAAUGCUUAAAUACUUCUUAAAUUGUUAUUUUUAAUGUAUUUGUAAUUAAUUUUUAAAAUACUUAAUCAUAUAGCACAUACACGUUUAUAUACUGUAUUCUCUCUUUUUGCGCGUUUAAAUUUGAUUUCCGUAAAAAAAAAGAAACUAACUAUCAUUGUGUUUAAGAAUCCAAACCUAAUUAAAUUGCUUUGUUUAUGUAGCGUUAUGGAUUUCCUAGGUCAUUCUUAUAUAGAUGUAUGUUACCGGCAAUAUGUAAAGGUCAGGUAUUUUAUAGAAUGCACAUGACUAAAAUUUAUAAGCAAAGUAAUAAAUAUUUGAUUUUCGUGAUUAUCUUUUUCCUUCGCAUUUUAUACAUGGCUUAGGUAUUAUACGUAAUGACAAAUAUGCAUAAGCAAGGGUUCAAACAAGCGUAGUUGAAAUUAUUUUCAUUGGAAUCACAUAAUGGAUAACGAAAGAAGAAAUAUGAAAUAAGUAAAGGACAUUCUCAACAAUGAAAGCGGAAAGCAAAGUUGGCAUCGAUCCAGUUGUUGCAAGAAGAGAGGCUGGAUUAGCAGUUUUAAUUGCACUUAUUUUUUUUUUUCACACAAAGACACUUCAUGUGUCAACACUUGGUCCAUGUUCACCUCACAAAUCCUUGUCACGAGUCUAUGGUUGCUUCAGGUUGACUGAGAUAUAGCAGCGGAUUGGAGAGGUAUUUCAUUGAAGGGACGUCUUCAACUCUCAAAAAUUCAUUUUGGAAAUGCAACGAACUGGGAUCUUCCAUACAGUUAUUUCAAGAUAACUUGUGUAGUCCCAAGUUGCUGAAAGCCGUCUUCUGCCACUGUCGUAACACCUAGCAACAGAUUGCGCGAGUCACCUCUUCACUUGUCAGGAAUAAGAGCUCCCACAGUGGCUUCUAAAGGUGCAAGAGGAAAUUUUAUGUCAGAGUUCAUUAUCAUUUUGUGGGCUUGAUUGCAAGGUUCGAUUUAUAUUCUUUCCAGGUGUCUACGGCUCUUUCACUUCUUUUGAGGCCCACGGAUACUACUUCCAAGCUCAGUGCUUUUUCUUUUUUUAAACUUUUAUACCGUUUUUUUGGUUCUCUGACGAAAACUUUCUGCCCACACGUUCGUUGUUUUGUUACGUUUCUUUUUUCAGGUUUAACCCUACUCCGUUUUACUCACUUUAUAUCUCUCAAUCUUGAAACAGAGGCUGCAGAAAAUAACAACACCUUAAACACAGAUCACAUGAACAUUAUGACGACAGUUUCAGCAUGUGCGGGCACUACCGCUCUCUUUUAAGCAGACACAACAAGAAUAAGAAAUGUAAGGCCCAUCGCUAAACAUGCCGUCACAACUGUUUGUUUUCCAACAUUAUCGGGUGCUUUCCAUUCAGUAUUCUGUGUAGUAGGCUCUGUGUCUUGUACCUGGUGAUUUUCUUCUUUCUUCUGUGUUAUUGGUACGUUUUAUAUUAUUUUGUUUAGAUUUCUUCCCCAGUAUGCAUGUCUUGAAAAAAAUCAGGGGGUAGGGAAGACGUUGCGAGUGAGGCCAACUUUAGCAUUGCAGCCACACAGAGCUUUAAAAAGGCAUUCUCUUAAUCUCAGACGAAAUGUAAUCCCCCAGUGCAAUCGACAGUUUUUCAUCUUGCACCCUAUCACAUAGCAUGUAUUCGAUGUCUUGAUUAGAUCUUGAUUAGAUCUUUCAACACCGCCCUUCUUUGUGAGUGGCAUGGUCACCGUGAACGACCUUUAACUUGGACCAGUACUCCUUCGGUCAUGAGACUGUAGAAUUAAUGAAGCUACAAGCAACGUAAAUAUAUCUACAAGUGUGUUGACUACUACUUCCACCCUCUUUGAUAGUAGAUCCCUCCGAACCACAAACAUUGUGAGAGGAUUUUAGUACACCAUUAUACAUUAUAUUCCUUGUCAGGAUGGGAAUGAAAUUCGAUACGGUCGUCCUGACCAUGGGAUUUGAAUGCAGAAAAAACAUAAACUUCACCACUUUUUGAUAUAUUUUGUUUCUCUGUCAGGGCUCACAAAGAAGGAAGUAAAGUUAAAGAUCAUUACGACCAAUGUUCUUAUACUUGUGCCAAAGUUAUUUCAACAUUCAGUUUCGUCCUCCAUGUCCAUCGGCCAAGUACGUCAAAUAAUUUAGAAUCCAUGACAUAGAGCUGAAGAGCAGUGACGUGUUCUUUAACAUGAUAAAUCAAUUUAAGUUUGUUCUCUACCGCCAUUACGUCAUAGCGUUUCAGCAGCAAAUUGUCUCGUGGUUACUUCCGAGUGAUCCGAGCAUUUUUUCACACCAUCCACUAGUUUUUAGAAACUGGUUUUCGUUAAAGAAAAGCAGUGUUUAGCUAUAUUGGCUGGUACUUGAGAAAUUUCACCGUAGAACCGGCGUUGCAUGUAUACAUGCCAUGACUCAUGAUCUGAAACUACAAUUUUUCUUCCAACACCUCAGCAGCCAUCUUGAAACGGUAGCGGCAAGCGUCUUAGACGGGAGCACGAAGCACGUGUGUCGCGAUCGCCAAGCCACCGCCGAGCAAAGAAUCAAGCAUUGAUGGCGGGUAUUCUAUACAUUGCCGGCUCGCUCUUUGGUAUUGUAUAGAAUGCCUAAGAAAUGUGCGAAAUAUAAAACAUUUUAUAAGUUACCUAUAAACCUCAGAUUCUAUAAAAUUUCCCGGCAUUCUAUACCAUGCCGGAUUUCUCACAUUGCUUGUAUCAUAUAUAACACAGACAUUAGAAUACUUAUUAUAAAAUAAACAUAUGUUUAACAUUUAAUGAGUCAGUAUUGUCAAAGGGAAACGAUAACUUCCAGCAUUUCGGAACAAAUUCAUUGUGUUAUAAAUGGUUUAAAAUUUUAUAGCUGAGAUACCUUAAUAUUAUGUUAAUUGCUUGUACAUGCUAAUAAUAGCUUGUUAUUUAAAGAAGAGUAUAACAAUUUAAGGACAUUUUUUAAGUCAUUUUUACAGUUUUUCAAACAUAAGUCAAGAGAAAUACAUUAAUCAUGACUUGUAAUUAAGUAAGGAAAUUAUAAUAAAAUGUGUCUACAGUUACAGAUAAUAGUUGUUUUAAAACACCAAUGGCUAAUGAUACAUUUUAUUCAAAAGACAAAGUGUUAUUUGAGUUUGCAAUCAGUGUAAUUUGUUUUCCACAAUAUUUUCUAUAAUUAAAUAUAAUAUUUUAUUUUAAUUCGAUUUUAUAGUCUUAACUUUAAAAUGCAUUAUUCCAUGUGAAAUAAAAUUAUAGAUUCAUUAUUUUUAAAACAAAUUCUUUUUAUUUUCAGACAUGCCUAGACUCCGACAAGCAAAUAUAUCGAGUUAUAAUGCUGAUAAUAAGUUAGUGUUUAAUUACAUCUUACCGGAUGCAGAUCAAAUUGUCUUUGUUUUGACAGACGUAACAACGAAUGUUCACAAUGUCACAAUAUAUGCAGGUUACACGAAUAGUUUGAUACUAACUUUGUGUGAGGUAGAAAUAUAUGGCGGUAAGUAAAUACUUUUACGUUUCUUAUUAUCUUUAUAAAGGUAUGAGUAUUUUUUCCUUUACAUAGAAUAUUAUUACAUAUUUGGCAAAUCUUAUCACUUUAAUACUCCUUUUUCUAAAGUUUUCUCUAAAAAAAAUUUAAAAAGAACAAUACUGUGGUGACUGCAAUCAAUCUACACGUGGACUAAUGAAGAAAACGAAAUAUGAAAUCUAAAGAAAAAACUCAACAACUUUAUAAAAGUGUUUGCCAAAGGCUUCCUUCAAGUAUCAGAACCAAGAAAAACUGUACAGAUAACAUGAAACGUCAAAGGAAUUUUAGUGAUAAAGUUCUGGGUUUAAAUUGGAGAGGUGAACAAAAAGUCAAGAAUCAUUGAGUAACUAGGGCAAUGAAAAUAGCAAACAGUUUUAAUUCUAAAGCAAAAUGGUGAGAAAUAUUUAAUAACGAAAAACAAUUCAUGUGCAUCAAUCUGCAUGAUGAUAAGCCGUCGAACACAUAUCAGAGUAUUCUUUAAUCCUCGAACUGUUGCAUGGAUCAUUCUGUUGUGUGGAGUUUUUCAGAGCUUUUUGAGUGCCUUUUGAAAUUGCAUUAAAUGACAUAGAAAUAUUGAUACCAGACCCCUAUAAGAUGAUAUAUUUUAGAAAGUUAAAUGGAUGGGGAUAAAGUUGGCCAUAUUGCCUACCCCGUCAAAAAAAUUUUGGACAGUGUCCUUGAUCUUGGAGUUCUCAAGAAAGUAAAAAUCGACACAAUGUCUUGCUUUCAAGUGCUCGAAACAUCAUUAAUUUUUAUAGAUACACUUAAAACACAAUCUAAAUGUUGUAGCCAAUUCAUUUAUCUUAAAGAAAAUGUAUAGUUUGCUAAGGUUGUUAUUGCUAAUACACACCUGAAAACAAUUUUAGUAAUUUUAGGUCAUUAAAUGAGAAACUGGGACCACUUCUAAAACCAAGUACAAAAUACAAAAUCUCAGUCAAAAUAGUUAUUAUUGACUAGUAAAAAUUUAAAAAGGAACUGUGGAACUGAUUUGGGUUGUUAAACUAAACAGUUUAUUAGUUUCGAUCUAUAAUCUGCAGCUUCUGUGACUAAAAUUCAGUCAGUCCUUGCCCAACCUCCGGCUUGGCUCGAAUUCAAACAGUAACCUCAGUAGGCCUACUUCAGUAUCACUAAGACUAGUACCCAGAUUGACGAAAAGAAGAAUCUGAAGUGAGAUAUCAUGGGGAAUGUUAAAAUCAUCAGCAGUAUCACUUAAAUCCUCUCCUAAAAAGCUUUCAAAAAUAUUUAUAUUAGUUCUGGCACUGAAGGCCCGGCCACAACUUCCGCCAUUUUUACUUUAAAAAAAAAAAAGCAGCGAUAUAAAAUUCCUAUUAAAAAGCACUUAUUGUUAAGUGAUCAAGAAACAGCUUCAACAGGAAGUUUUAUUUAAUUAUUAAUAAAAGCAAACGGCUACGAUUUCGAUUAAAUAUUGGAUUGGAAGUUGCUAUCGGAUCGUGCUUUUUAUCGGCCGAUUUCGUCGGCCGACCACAGUUCAAGGGUUAAACUGGGCAAGCCCCUUUGUAAGCAUGUAGCGAAACCGAGUGGUGGGGGUUUGUGGUCCAUAGCUGUCACUAAAUUUUUAAAUUGUGUCCACACACAGUAUGAGGUUGUGAAAAAUAUAGCUUUCUUUUUGUUCCAAAAUAUGGUAAAAAUAAAUUUUAAGAAGAAAAACACAAUUUUGAAUUGUCAGAUGUGACUAGUGAAACAUCUAAGGAUGUUUUUUUGGGUGGGGGGGAGGGGGGAUGGAGGUUCCCGGUGCACCGCCCCCAUCCUCCCCGAAGUAAUGCUGUACUGGGGUUGUCACUUCAAAGUCACUUGGUCUUUAUUCUUCCGAUCUUCUCUGCUUUGCCCAGACACGAGGUGAGAUAUCAUGUUCUUCCCAAAAGGGUUUCACCCCCUGACUAAAAGAAAUAAAGCGGGUAGACUGGACCUCCUGGAAUAGGACAUUGUGAUAACGAAAUGUGAGAGUCUUUGAACAGCGCUACGUGCUGAUGGAUCGCAGAACAUGAGAUUUAGGUGUCAUGAAAAUGCAACACGUUCCUUUGCACUAAAGUGGAUGGGUACGAGUUAUCUAGGGGUAUACACGAGCUAUCAGAGCAAUACUUAAAGCCCACGACGACUGCUACCUUUUCUAUUAUAUGGCACCCUGCCACAGGUGUUGUUUCUUUUAAAUCAAUAUUUUAAAUUCGUAAUACUCUUUGAAUGUGAGUCAACUUUUGUAUGCCUUUUGAGAUAAGCUCUAUUGUAAUUUUGUCCAAAACUGUUUUUAUGUUGUUUGAGAUCUUCUCAAACGCUUCUCGACGUGCUCUUCAUCUUUACAUAUUUUUAGUAGCUCAAGUAAGAGACAUGCUUGAUUCAACAAGUAAAAUAUGAUUUAUAAUCAUCAUCAUUUAAAUGUCAUUAAAUGUAUCUGUAAAAAGCUGUUUAAUAAAUGCAAUCGUUUUUUUUUUCUAUCGAUUUUCAACAGAUUCAGUUUGCUCCACCGAUCAUUUUGGUUUGGAAUGUGACAAGUCAUGUAACUGUGAGAAAAAAACAGAGACGUGUUUUGUGGCUACUGGAGGAUGUCCAUCUGGUUGUGCUGCUGGUUUUUAUGGAGAGAGUUGCCAAAAAAGUAAAAUCAAAUUAUAACUUGGUUCAAAACGAUUUUGGUUUAAACAGAUGUACUACUUACAAGUAAUUGUUUCAAUUUUUUUUUUGAAAUACAAGUAUAAAAAAAAAUUAAAACAGGAUAUCAUUUAUUAAUCAUCUUUUAAGUGUCUUUGUUGGAUUGGAUGAGCAGUCUACAAUGUAGGAUUGUAGCUAUGUGCCGUCUUAAAGUGCACUAUCUUUAAUACUGAUAUAUUUAUUGUGUUCUUUUUUCGCCUAUUCUUAAAUAUCGGCACGAUCAUUAAGAAUUGUUAUGCUCGAUAUGUUCUUUUACUGUUCCCUCUACCUCAAUGACAAAAUUAAAGAAAACAAAACCAAAAAAAACGGCGAAAUUCAAACAAAUCACCCCAAACUUCAGUUAAUUCUAGAAAUGAAAUGAAGGACGUAACAUCCUAUUUGUCAUUACACUUUAAACAUGUUUAUCUGGAUAGCAUCAAUGUAAAAUAAUAUAUAUUAGAGAAUAUUGUUUAGUGUCUUGCAAUGUUUUUAAUUGUAACUCUAGACAGAAUAUUAUUAUGUGUCGCAUUUAAGAAACUUAUAAUGAAUAUAAAGGAUGUAAAUAAAUUAAUUAAAAAGUAGAGAUUUACAAUGGGUAAAACUGUUCCGUGUGAAGCGAAUUGAAUUGUGUCUUUGAGACAUCGCUAAUCGCUAUACUGAUAACAUGCUCCUACCGAUUCAGUUACGUAGUUUUACUUAAUGCUGAGUUGUGGGCUGCAUCACACAUUUGUGAUUCUCCCUUCCCCGAAACACAUUAGCAUAUUAAGUAAGUAUUAAACAUUAAUCAAAGAAUCCACACAACAGUAAAUCCUUAUAAAUGCAAGAGCCCGUAUAAUGCAAGCCCUUGAAAUAGGGGAUGAGGCUGAGCUAAUGUUCAACCUCUGAUAGAAUGAAAUAAACUUUAGUUUCUCAAAAUGGCACGGGACGUAUGUCCGUAUAUUUACAGAAAAUGAAUUUGUUAAAAACUUGGUUCCAAUUAUUUUUUGAUAACAUAAUGUUCUUUGAACAAUGAAUACAGCUUUGUUUGAAAUAUGUGAAUUAAACAAAAGUGCAACUGAAACCCUACUUUAAUGUAUUUUUCAAAAAGUUUAACACUCUGAAGAAAAUGUGUCUACAGAAAUUAUUAACUUGAACGACCCUUUUAGCUGAUUAAAAACAAUCUGUUUACAUUACAUCUUUUGGGAUAUAUGGAUUUUGGCCAAACUCUCCAAAGGACAAAGUAUAGGCCAGGAGAAAUCAUCUGGUCAAUUUCAGAUGUAAUCCUUCAUUUGGUUUUCUUAUUACAGAUUAGAAAAUUAAUAAACUUUCGCACAAAGAUAUGCACACUUUGCUUUAUUUAGUAGAUUCAAUUAUAUUAAAUACACAUCUCUUUCUCAAACAAUUCUGCUCAUUAUUUUUAAAAGUACUUGUCGUUCUUUCGUCACAAUAAACAAGGAUCAGCUAAUCAAAUGAUUUUGGGGGAGGGUGUGGGGUGUUUCGUUCACGCAGAGUGCGUAGGUGGCUCUCUAGCCCAAUCAAAUGCUCGAAAUAGUCUCUGCACCGACGGCAGGGGGAUAGUUGCUUUAGUCGUUGGUCUAAAGUUGCUUUUUGGGCUAGACUGUGUGACUCAGCUGUCCCUAUCCUUCUGGCUUCAUGAGAUUUAGCCCCCUUUUUGAAAGCUGAUCUCCACUUUGUUCUGUCCUGUGCUUUCUGCCGCAAUUCAAAAUAACUGAUGCUAAAGGCCUUUACUGUUGCUUUCAGUGUGUAUUUGAAUCAAUUUAUUCGCCUCCUUGGGAGAGCUUGCCUAGCGUGAGUUCAAAGAAGAAUAGCAAUUUAGGGAACCGGUUGUCCUCCUUACAGGUUUCGUAUCCGGACCAACGAAGCUAAGACUGCAUCAAGGUAGUGAAGAUGCUAGAUGGGUUUAUUACUCUAGCGAGGACCUCCGUGUCAGGCACAUUGUCUUGCCACCUGAUGCCCAGGAGUUUCCUGAAGCAUGUUGUGUGAACAUAGUUAGUUUCUUGACCUGACGCUGUUAGGCUGUCUACGUUUCACAUACGUAGAGCAAUGCCGAGAGGACUGCUGCGCUAUAAACCUUUAUCUCUGUUUUGCGUCUGAUAACUCUCCUGACUCAAAAAGUAAUACGGAGUCUGACAACAGUUGCACUUUUUUUUCCAAGACUCGCAUUAAUUCAAUUAUGACAUAUCUGGAUAGGGUGCUUUCCACGUAGUUAAAUUUUUAACCAUAUGUAGAUGCUGUCCAAUGAUGGUUAAGUUAGGUAAAUAACAGCACUUACUGGGAGCUGGCCAAUACAUCACUUUAGUCUUCUUUGUGUUGAUUGUGAGGCCGUAAAUGCUGUAGGCCUCAGAGAAGAUAUCAACGCUUUUCAACAUGUCAUGUUCUGAGGAAAAGUUGAGGGAACAAUCAUCCGCAAACAGAAGAUCGCUGAUGGAGUUUGGUGUGAUCUUGGUUUUAGCCUAAAGCUUCUUAUGGUUGAAGACUGAUCCAUCGGUGCGGAACUGCAUGGGGAGCCGGUUUUGAAGUCUUUGAACGCAUCAGACAGCUUUGUAAAAUACAUAAUACCGAUAAUACAUAAUACACAGUCUUGCUUCACAGCGUUUGUAACGGUUAAAGCUUCUUCUUCUUCUAUAUCUUAAGGGCCCACGAUCAAUUUAUAGAUCAUUUUGGCUCUUAUGCAUGUAGAUGGGAUUUGCAAUGUUUCUGUUACUGGUGUUGAUGAGGAAAUCAUGCACUAGGGGUUUGAAGGCUGGAUGCAGUAGACACAAAUGUGUCUAGUGUUGUCGCCUCAACCGUUCCUUUCGAAAGAUUGUUCCAGUCCCUGAUUGUCUUGGGCAGGAAUGAGCAGCUCGCGCCAUUAUGCCAUCAUACAGCUGACUGAUGAUUUUGGUAAACUUGUAUAGGCAUUUAUACUUCUUCAUGAUUUUCCUCGGGCCACCUCCAUUGACCCUGUAAAAAGCCUUUUUUUAUGUCGAUAAAUGUGGAAAAUCGGUCUGAAUUUAUUUCCUGACAUUUCUUUUGGAGCUGCCUUGCAGCAAACACCAUGUCGAUAGUUGCGCGUUCUUUGCGGUAGCGCAUAGUUUUUACAACGAAGACCUAGCUAUACAUAUUGACUAAGCCGGUUCAGUAGAGUUAGGGCCUAUAUCUUGCCUGUGAUGAACUUUAGUGAAAUUCCGCUGUUAUUGUCGCAGGCCUAGUCAUUUCAUAUGUGUUUGUACAUGGGGAUAAUUGAGGCGUCUUUGAGGUCUUUUGUUACAUUUUCCGGCUUCCACAUGAUCUGGAAUAAACGCAUUAUCUUAUCCGCAAGCACUGGUCUAGCUUCUUUAUAGAUUACGGUAGGAAUGAUGUUGGAGGCAGGUCCUUUGCCACCGCACAGGUGUCGGAUAGCUGUCUGUAUCUCGACCAAAGAUGGGACAGCGUCCAGUGUUUUUUUUUGUUAGUACCUGGGGCAGAAUUUCAAUGGCCUCAUCAUUAAUAACGGAAUGCGUACACAGCACACUAUUAAUAAGUUCCAACCAUCUUUCAUAGAUUUUAUUCUUGUCUAUAAUGAGUGUAGAACCGUCUGCACUAAGAAGAGGGGAAAGACUAAUGUGGUAACAUCAUAGAUUUCGUUCAGGACACUGUAGAAGUUUCGCAUGUCUUUUAUGUCUGCAAAGCCUUGAAUGUAACCAACUUUCGCACUCAGCCAGGAGUCUUGCAUCUGGUGCAGUUCAUAAUGGAUCUUGCUAUGGAUGCGCAUCAGUUCAGAUUUCUUUGAUAUUGACAUGUGAUCAUUAUGGAGGGCAGUGCACGCCAGACGUUUUUGAUCAAAUAGAAGGUGGAUCGCUAAGUUGUUUUAUCAAACUAAUUGCAGUGUUUCUUCGAAGAUUGUCCCAAGUGCUCAACAGCUGUUCUAUACACCGUCUCGCGAAAUGUGGUCCAUGCUGUUUCCGCGUCCUGGUUGUUCAAUGUGAUUUGAUCAAGGCUUUCAUUCAUCGUCAACAAAGUUUUGGCUCCCAUCAAGGAUCUUCAGCUAAAUGAUAUUUGAGGCGUUUCGGAGCUUAGGUGAUCUGAAUUUGUUCAAUGGAAUUUUCAUCUUUGAGACUAUUAGGCGGUGGUCCACCCUUAGUCAUCCUCAAGUCCUGGUGGUCCAUGUUUCUGACGAUGUCAUAAACUAUUAAGUGCCAGCGUUUUGAACGGGUGCAGCCAGACACUCUUGUUUUGCGUAGAGAAGUUAAAGUUGGUGUUUUUUAUUAGAAGUACGUGUUCAAUACAGGUCUGUCUGAAAAAGAACAAGGUCAUUGAUUUUGCAAUCUCUAUUACCAUGUCUACCCAUCAAUCCCGCCAGGAGGUGCUGUCACUGCAGACACGUGAAUUGAAAUCUACAAGAAUUAUGAGUUUGUCAGCAGUAAGUGUGGAUGAGAUGACAGUGUCCAGAUCUUCAUGAAACUUAUCUAUGGUCUCUUCUGUGUUUUUCAUGACGGUUGCAAACUGAAAAUGUUUGCAGCCUUCUUUCCAUGCAGAGGAGAAGUUUUAUUCUUCUUCUUAUAUUUUAGGGACCAACGAUCAAUUUGUUGAUCAUUCUGGCUCCCGGUUUAAAUUCAGAGUUUGCCAUCUCUUAGAUGGUUACCGUCCAAGGCUAACGAGUCCCAUCUACCCGGGGUGCUUGAGGUUUGUUGGCUUUGAUGGGGACUGAACUCCGGACCACCGGCUUUUUUUUUUGGUUUGAGACAGUUUAGACCGCUCGGCCACCCAGCACCCAUGAUACGAUAUAGUCAUGAUACGAUCAUUUUAUACCUUUUGGUGAGCUGGAGAGCAUGCUUGGAAAAGAGGUUUUGAAAGCAAAGCCAACUCCAAUUUCUCGCCUUGUCUCAGGGUCACAUCCAUUUCAGAAGAAAGAAAAGCCAGCAAUCCUUUCUGAGAGUUCGACUUUGCCAGAGAGUCAGGUUUCACUCAGGGUGACGAUGUCUAUGUUGUAUCUUUCAAAAUAAUGGGAAAUAAGCGCAAAGCGUCGGUGAGGUCCGUUUGUAGUGUCUCUUUCAAGCAGGUUACAGACGUUCUAUGUGGAAAUUUUUAGUGAAAUCGAGUUUGUCUUUGUUUUCCAACGCAAAAUUGGGUCCUCCGACCGUGUUUAGACGGCUAAGGUGUAAAAGAGCAGGCAAUUUGAUUGUACCUCUUCUACCCCCUCCCUCGUGGAUGGGGGUUAACAGUGCUGUCCUGAACAGACUGCUCAGACUUUCAGGUGGCUGCCGAACUGAACUUCUGCUCCGAUCAGUGAAGAAAGACCCUUGAGCCUGUGUCGCCUGUGUUCAUGUUUUUGGCUACGACUAACAGUGCACCACACCUCACACUUUGUUGCUAACCCGUCGCAACAGGAUUUUGGAUCAGGAGUGUUGAAUGACUUGCGUGGGUGAUUUUAUUUAAAGUGAGGAAAAGUUGCGCAGAGUCGACCUCACUCUCUCGUCCGGACCAAAUUUUUUGAAAGUUACACUUUUGGUGAACAUAUCAUGCAAUCAAAUCGAAAGGGCGUUAAAUUGUUCAUAAAGCCUAAAAAUUAACUAUAAUGAAGGCAGCUUUUAGGUUUACGUUGAUACAAUAUUCAACGCAAAGUCAGUUCCAAUCUCCAUCUGUGUAGUAUAAACGUGUUAAUUUCAAAUUACAUAUUAAAAAUAUUUCAAGACCUGACUAUCAUCCGAGACCGAAAAUAAUAUUUGAAAAAGACAAGUAAAACAUUUUGAUUAUGUUUCAUUAGCAUUGGAUACGCCGUGAUAGAGUUUUUGCUAAACCAAUCUUGAAGAAUACAAACAAACGCUUAUAAUGUUAUUCUUUGUGUAUUACAUUUUUAAAUUUUCUGCUAAGUCCAUUUUUUUAACACAGCGGCUACAAAUUACUCGUAUUUUUGCUCGGAUGUGACGCAAUAGAGAUUUAAUAUGUUAUCAACUCAGAAGUUAAUUGUAUAUUUUUUUUCAAUUAUUAAAAAUAUUAUUUUGUCAAUCAUAAGUUUAUGGUUGUGUGAAUUGUUCAUAAUGGUUGUCAGAUUGUUCCCCGGGCAAAUGGGGCGUGGACUGUAUUAACCAAUGUAGUCAUUGCAAAAAUAAGACAUGUGACAGAUUCCAAGGGACAUGUAACCUGGGAUGUGAGGAUGGAUACAAAGGUGAAACCUGUAAUGAUGGUAAGUGAUUUACAUAUAAGACAAGGUCCGAAUAUCAACUACUUCUUUCAACUAUUUUUUUGGGGGUAAAAUUUUUAUAUAUAGUUGAUAUUGUUUUCAUUCUUUUUCUCUCUUUUCAUCUUAUCCAACUUUGUCUUUUAUAUCAAUUUUUCUAUGUAAUACCCACACAAACUAUACACACACAUUAAUUUUUUUGCUAUCGACAUUUUGAUCUCAAGAUAUUUCUUUAAUUAAUUUAUUACAUUUUUUCCCUCAAGUUUUGUCUAAUUAAUCAUAAAUAGUUGUAAUACGAUCUUUCUGAAAUAUUUACAAAUGUGGGUAACUGAAGAUAACAUCUUUAUUCCAAAGAAUGUUCAAGUUUUACAUGGGGCAAAGAUUGUUCAAAUAAGUGUAGUCCACAAUGUUUCAAUAAGUCGUGCAACAUCACAAACGGCGUCUGUCUGUCUGGAUGUAUAGAUGGGUACACAGGAGACACGUGUGCAGACGGUAAGGUGUUUUAACACCUGUGUUUAUUUGGUUUGGUCUUUUAUCUUCAACAAUUUUUGUCAAUAUUUGAAAAUAAAAAUCCAAAGUCAUUUACAGCUGACAUCUGACUUGGAAACUCUGAUCGCAUAAACAUAAGAAAAAAAAUGUAUUGUCCAAAGUGCUAAAAAAAAUUAUUUAAUGUGGUAAAAAAAAAAAAUGGAUAAUUAACGUGUAGCUUUUUUAAAGUAAGAAUUAAAUAUUAAAAAUCAAAUUCUACUAAGUUAUUUGGAAGUCAACACGGCAGGAUCGCCUGAUUACAAAUCUCGUAUUUAUCAUCUUCUGACUUUGAAAAUAAUCUAGCGUAUAUCCCUAGAUGCACAAAAACUAUAGUAUUUCCUCAAAUUUUUAAUUAUUAUUAUUUAUAUAUUUUUUAUUAUGGUAAAAAUAUUUUUUAAUAAUUCAGCAAAUAUUUUUUUUCAUAAACUCAUUUUUAAAAAAAAAAACGUAUUGCUAUUAUGAUAGGGGGUGUAAAAAUUAUAAGAAAAAAUAAUACUUUGAAUUAUUAAUCUACUUUUUAUAUUAAAAUAUUAUACAACAAGAAUGUCCCAAUUUGACCUGGGGCUCUAAAUGCUUCAACAACUGCAGCCGUCACUGUGCUAAUAAGACAUGCGAUAAAAGUGAUGGGACCUGUGAUAAUGGAUGUGAAGCUGGAUAUUCUGGGCAUACGUGUGAUCAAAGUGAGUAGUGAAGAAAAAAAGAAGUAUCUAAUAAAAUAUGUGUCCUUUUUAAUUAAGCUAUACCCUUUUCACCAGCUUCAAAAACAUUUUCAAAAAGUUUUAAUGCUUACACAACUUAAUGCUGUUUGCAAAUAUCAUUUAAAAUAUAAUGUUACAAGAUAAAGAUGGGGUAUAUGAUUUUUAUUACCAAAUCAACAUUUUGCUUUUUUUUCCUGAAGAUAAAAUGUGUGAAAUUAUUUUCUAGAAAUAGAUUUCCUUUCGGGUUGAAAUAAUGUUAUGGGGUAAAGGAUAUCUGUGGACAGAGUAGGGGAAAUAUUGGACAUUUUAAGCUAAGGACGCGGUAGAGGAAUAUAGGACAUCUAGGAAAGCGUGUGGAUGUUGGACCUUGAGUGCAGAAGAGUGUUAGGGACAAAACAUAUAUUAACAAAUUACGGAUAAACUACAAUAUUUAUUACAAAACGCUGUCUAAAGCAGAAAAACAAACAAAUAUGUAUACAUUUGGUCAUUCAAGUACCCACUUAAGUAAAUAUUUUUUAAUCUAUUAAAAAGUUAGCUAUACGUCAUUAUUUAUCGACCCAUGGCUAUAAGUAUAUGUACUGCUUCUAUUGUUACAUUAAUUUGAUGAAUUAAUUGUUUUGAAAUAACACCAAUGUUAACAAGCAAUGGAAAUUGCGUUCAAAAUUAUUCUUUUACAAUAUGAUUAUAAUUAUAUUAACAUCAUGAUCAUUAAUACUGUCCUUACAAGUACAUAACUUGUUUUUUUUUUCAUAUUAAAAAAUGCGAUGGAUCCUACAUUAAUUUUAAUUUACUAUAAGAUGUAUUUACACUUUGGUACAUUAAUAUAGUGAUUUAUUUAAAAUAAGUACAUUUUGGUUCUACGGCUAUCUCAGAUGGUGUUGAAUUGCACUUUUGUACCGUCUGCAACAUUUUUGUCAACAAAUGUUUCAUACAUUGAGGGAUAAGAUUCAGUGGCGUUGCUAGUUGGUUGCGGACCGCACCGGGUGGCAGCAAUCCUAGCUACGACACUGAUAAAAUUUAUUUUACCUGGAAGGUAAAAUAUAUUUUUCUUUUGAUUAUUCUGAAAACACUUUAAAACUUGUAUAAUUAGCAUGUCCAAAACUGACAUGGGGUGUCCGGUGUCUGAAGCGCUGCAGUGACCACUGCGUCAACAAAACUUGUGAUUUUGUGAAUGGGAUCUGCGACUAUGGAUGUGACGGUGUUUACAAUAACACACAAUGUCUAGAUGGUAAGGAAUGGACAUUUUGGAAUAUCUGAUAUUUUUUUUUAUAUUCUUAGCUACUUGUAAUAGUUUCUUUUUUAUUAUUUAAAACAAAUAAAGUAAAUAAUUCACUUCUUUCUUUUUUCUAUAAACUUUAAAUAAGUUUUAUCGUGUCGGGUAUACAAAGCUAAUGCAUUUCUUAAAAUAUGAUAAAUGGUGUUCUAAACUAACCUUAGUUAAGCAAUACAUAAAUUAUCUUUAACAUUUAACAAAUAGUUUGUUUUUAAGAGAAUAUAUUCGUGUUACUAACAAAAAUUUCACGAUUCAUGUUUUCAAGUAACAGCAAAUGUAUUGUGAUUAUUAGCGGAGUAUACUUGCUUGUCGUUUCUCUCUCCCCCCCCCCCUCUCUCCAGCAAAGGUAUUGUUCUUUCACAUCCUAUCCAUGUGUAAACUAAAAAUUAUGAUUCUCCAGUAGCAUUUUUAUGGAACGCUUCAUGUUCUCAGCGUGCUUGUGACCUUAAACUGAUUUGUUGUACAAUUAAGGGGCAGGGAACAUGCGGCCUGGCGAAACAUUUGAUGUGGCCCGCAAAAACGUCCGUGAACUAGGAAUAAUUUCCGUAAAAUUUACAAACUGUGAAUUAUUGCAUAUCAAAGCAUUUCAAAGUAAUAGUCACAGUGUAAAACUAAGUAUGGUAGUGUAAAAUUGUCAGACACUAGUAUUGUGAGGCUGCAUCGUCAUUAGAGUAAACGUACAUGUUUUAGUUUUAAGCAUUAGGCAUGCACACAAUAAGCUUUUAAUGGAUAUUUUAUUGCAUCCUUUAUAUUGGAAAUAACGAUUUUUGGACGUAAAAUAAUCGUCUGUGUGAAAGAAUGUGCUUCACUUAGGCUAGAGUGCGUGAAGAUCAGGGGAUAGACCCUCAUAAUGCGGUCCUUGGCACAGCCCUUUAAUAUGUACAUACUUGGAGACAGUCCUAAAACAGGUUUCUUUUUUUAAAAAUGUUUUUAAAUUAGAAUUCCGUAAUGACGAAUCAUCAUCAUCUACUGCUGCUAUUGUGGCACCCAUUGUUGUAGCCAUCGUCCUCAUCGUGGUGGCAAUAGCUGGCGUUAUUUUAUGGAGGUAAAUUAAACCCUAUAAUGUUCUAUAUCCUCUGACUUCGCCAAAGAUAUUUGUUUGCUCUUAUUUUUAUGGAAUACGUUAAUUUCUGUGACGUUUUACAUUUUCUGACAUUGUUAUUUCUAAAUAUGAAACUAUCAACAAAAUGGACAAAAUAGUAAACAUUAUUACUUUAAUGGUAUACCCUUCCAGACAUAACUAUAACAUUACUUUGUCAAUGUGAUGAGCAUUUAUAGCGCAGUGCUUGAUUUAGUUAAAAACCGAUCAUUUGACGCCAACGAUGCCGCGUAAAGUUUAAUAGCAAGUGUUCUUAUAAUGUGCAUAUAUUGAAACUAUUUUGGUGUGACUUCCCUUUAUCCUAGACGAAGACGAGACGGUAAGAAGAAAGUCACCAGAGAACUGGUACCGAAAGAAUUGAAGCCCAUCAAGCAAAAUAAAUUAAACACUGCUGGUGACAACAAUGCAUCGAAUCAGAAAGGCAAGUUACAUAAACAUGCUUUGAGAUAUUGGCAAAAGCACUUUUUUUUUGUAGAUGGACAAAAAGCACAUUUUUGUGGCGUCUCGUGCCAAGAGACAGUAUUUUCUCUUUUCAAAUGUAAAAUUAUUAUGUUUCCUUAUACAAUUUAUCUUGAAUUGAGCUAAAGAAAAGUAAAUGUCAUAUUCUCUUUUGUGUGAGCUAGGUGGUAUAACGUUAACACAAACGUUACGCGUCACAGACCGCGACAGUAAACACAGUGUGUCAGCACCCGUGACAUCAAACCUAGAAAACACUUACUCCAACACAGCUCUACCCAUGGUCAAAGACACAUCUAUAGCUGUCAAUGACUUGAAUGAAUUUAUGCGUCUACAUAAACUUGACUUCUUUACGGAACAGUUUAAGGUUUGUUAAUUUUCCUUCUCUUAUUAUGAUCAUUUAAGUAUACAGCAUUGUUGAAUAGUUAUUAGUACCGCGUGUGAGCUGGUUACGGUACUUCUUUGAAACAAGAACUAAAAAAAAACAUUUUAGGCUUUUCUAAGUGAAAUGGAAUGGACUUUUUCAUUUUAAUCCCAAUAGGUAUUAAAUGGUGCCGUCUCUAUAAUACAAGACACCUUUUAGAGCAAUCCCCAACACCCUUCAUCUACAAUCUGUCACAAAUCUUUGAACCCCCUCCCCCACAACCCCCCCUCCCCAAAAAAAAAAUGCAACAGAUAAACUUAACUUUUAAACUAAAUAAAAGUUAAAAAAAAAGUUAGAGCCUAAAUAUAAAGUUUCUAAAUCCCACUUUACAGUUAAACUAAUACAUUUAUAAAGUGACAUCUUCUAAUGUUUUGUGUUAAUAAGAACAAUAAGGUUAAAAGUGUCAAUUUUAGAUUGUACGUGUAUGAUACAUUUUGUUAAAAAAUGUUUGAUGUUACAUAUAAAUGCCAUCCCUUCCCCAUGUUUCCGUCACAUUUUUGUCACAGUUUCUUAGAACACUACCCUACACCGGAGUUUGACGUACUUUAUGGACGGCCACUUAAGUCUAAAGAUAGAUGAAUCUUUCGUUAUCGUCUGCGCCUAGUUUAUUAUUGAAACAAAUACUUUUUAUAAAAUGCUGAUAUCUAUGUGAAGACAGUGACAUUUUAUUUGUAAAUUGAAGGAAUGUAUACACGAAGCCCACAUCGCAAUUUUGGAGCUCACAGCUAAUGGUUCUUAACGAUUUUUAAUUGUCUUCUUGCAUUUAUCAACAAUGACCAAGGUUAUCCGAGUACCAUUAUACAAAGUUAAAAAAAAUUUUCAAUUUGUUAGCAAAAAAGGGGUUUGUGGACUAAAGUACUUUUUAAUGCAAACUGCGAGAUAAGUUCGUAAACCGCACAAACAGUUGUGUAUUUUGUCACAUAAAUAUGCUUCGUCUCUACAAAUAGCUUGCUGAAGAAGCAUCCAGGUAAUAAUGUUAUUCUAUUAUAAAUUAAUUGUGCUUUAGAAAAACCGAAUGUCAAAGUGUUAACAACAUAACUAUAUAUAGUUAUCUUAUAUCUGCUAAAAAAAUAUUAAGUUUAAAAAGCCUCAACAUAUCUGUUUCAGAAUAUCCCAACGCCAGUGAACGUAUCUAUGGAAAUAGGACUACACAAUGAAAACAAACAUAAAAACAGAUACAAGAACAUCUGUACAUGUGAGUCGAUUUGAUCAAUCUUUUAUUUCUGUGACAACACUCUCAAAAUAAUCAUAGAUCUCAGUUACGUCUCCUGGUAAUAUCACCACUGAUCGUUAGUCUAUUAAAAUAACUAAUGUAACUUUUGUUUCAUUUACUUGCUCUUUAACUUUAAAAAAAAAUCGCCAGUUUCCGUCCCCACUCUUCCAUAAAUGUUUCUGAUUGUAUUCCAUACAAACUAAAUAUUUGGAAAAAUGUAUAUUUCUUAGACGACCAUUCAAGAGUACACCUCAUGAUAAAUACAGCUAAGCAUGAAGGAGAUUAUAUAAAUGCGUCAUACAUUGAGGUAAAUUAAGACUAGUUUAAAUGAUAAUUAUUUCAUAGAUUCAUUAAUGCUAAUACUCUUUUUCCAUUAAAAAAGAAUAAAAUGCGCCAAGACUUCUAAAUAACAGCAACAUUUAGUUCUUAAAAUUAUUCUUUAUAAAAAGAAAUUAGUUCUUAAAGUUGUAUUUUUAGAAAACAUUGCACUACGGGGCUGUGUUAAAUUGCCUCUGCAUAAAAAUUUCAUAUAAUGUUCAUUUUUUAUUUUUAUUUAUUUGGUCUUAAUCUAACAUUCAAAACUAUUUUGAUAUAAGAAAUAUUUUUAAAAACUAUUAAUCACAGGGAUUCAUGGAUAAAGAAAAAUUCAUAGCCAGCCAAGGUAAGAUCAAUGUUUCAAAUCUCUUGUCAUGUCAUUAAAGGAUACGUUAUGGCAUAGAAUUAAAGAAAAAUUGAAUACACAGAAAACAGCCAGGUUUUUUUAGGUCAAUGAAAAACAAAUUUGGUGAAAAAAAACUUCCUAAAUGUCUUCAUAUUUUUUUAUUACAUCUUUAUUUUCUCCAGCCUCUCAAUCCUAAAAUGUGACAAUUCUUUCGUUUUUAACUCCAAAUUUCAUAUAAAAUUGAACUCAAAUUAAAAAUUAAAAGGAUUCGAUGUAGGAGGCAAUGAAACAUUCAUGGCUUAAAUAUGUGGAAAAUCACAUCGAUAAAGAAAGUUUUAUUAGAAAUCAUAUCUUCAUUUUAACAGUCACAGCUAGUGUCACCGUAAUCACAGUCCUAUCACUAUUUUUUUUUUAUUUAACGUAAAUUAGGUUUAAAAAAAUGAUGAAUUGAGGUCAUGUUUUAACAGGUCCCAAUAAGGUCAUUAUCAAUGAUUUUGUUCGUUUGUUGUGGGAGCAAAAAGUAGACAAAGUUGUGAUGCUGACAAACUUAAUUGAGGAAGGUCAGGUCAGUAUAUAUAUAUAUGUACUGGAUAAAUUACCAAUCUAUUGAUUGGGAUGUAAUGGUUAAGGUGAAAUUAAUUGGAACAAAAAAUGAUUUAGCAUUUUAUAUUAUGACAUUGUUUGAAAAAGAAUGACAAAUGUCUUUUGGGGCUAUCCAAAAAGAACGUCCCUUUCCGAAAUCGGCAGGGCGGAAAAGGCUUUAAGAAAGUUUGACAGUUUAUGACCAGACGAGAGGAAACAUAAAGAUUAUACGUGACAUCACACAUUUUUAUUUGUUAUCAUACAUUUACAAUUUAAAAUCGAAAAUACUGUUAAAAUGUCUAAUGUGAUGGAUGUAUUCUGACAGAAGAUCUCAAUUUUAUACAAUUAAUACUUGAAUAGUGACAUGUGUUUUAGAUUAAAUUGUAACAAGUGGUCCAAGAUUUGUGACAGAUUGUAACAAGGGGAGGGGGUAAAAUUUCAAAAAAUUGCGUGGGAUAAUUUACGGAAGGCCCCUUGUGAAACUAGUCCAAAGGAGAAACUAGGCCAGGAUUCAUUUGUUCAGUCCGGCAGCCUGGAUCUUCGCUGUGCAGCCUCAAACACCCCUUUAAAAAAAAAAAAAAAUCUCUUACAAAUUCAACAUAAAUCUAUAUUUCAUGAAAGCAAAUAGAAUAGACACGUUAUUAUAUUUCGGAAAAAAUUGCCUAUUCUAUACAAAAAUGAUAGAUGUCGUGAUGAGAAAGGUGUAUUUGUCGAUUUGAUAAUAAAGUAAAUGAUGUUAUUAUUGGUUUAAAAAUCUUGAAAAACGGUGAGCCCGAACUCUUGGCAAUAGUAUUUUUUUAAUUUUCUCAACUCUCAAUCUUACUUUUCACCAUUCAGUGAAUUUAUCGUUUAUAAAUUUAAUGAGUAGGAUUAUAAAGUGCAUAUCAUACAUAUUUGCUAUGGAUCAGAUAAUGUGCAUAACAUACGACUUUGCUGAGGUUAUCUAGUGGCCAGUGUUUUAGAUUUCGGCCAUAAAAUUGUAUAUAUAGAGUCUACAAAUAAAAGUUUUUUAAGAAAUUAACAUCGAAGAAUAUAGAAUUUCUGUAAUCCUCUUAUUCAAUCACUUAUGUAAAGGUUAAAUGUGAGAGAUACUGGCCAGAAGAAGGAAAGGCUGUGUUUGGUUCCAUAAAGGUUAGACUGGCGUCCACACAAGUUUUUGCUGACUACACAAUCAGGCAACUGGAGCUUAGAAAGGUGGCUACUGAAUUAUAAGAUUAUUACUUACAUUUUCAAUGCCGUAGAUAAAAUCUAAUACUCAUUAAUAAUAUUCCUUUUUCCUGUUCCUUUUAAGUUUCAGAAUAAAUCUACAUUCUCCUAAGAAAACACAUGUGUGUUAUUGAAGAAUAACAUGUUUUAUUAAAUACGUCUAGUACCAUUUAUUGUUUUAUUUUUGCAACUCUGAGUUAUUUAGAAAGAUGAACCCAUCCAUCAAAUGACCCACUUCCAUUUCACCUCCUGGCCAGACAAAGGAGUUCCGCUAACGCCAUGGAGUCUUGUAGAUUUUGAACAAAGGGUCGCAUCUGACCCUACGACAAGACCUGUAGUUGUACAUUGCAGGUUAGAUAACUGUAUGAUACAUGUUAGCCUGUUAGACAACUGUAUAAAAACUAUGCUACUCAUACCGGGCACAAACAAAGGCGAAGUUAAUACAAAGGAUAUUUUAAAAAAACACAUUAUAUAUUUUUUUAUAUUCCAGCGCUGGUGUUGGUCGCACUGGGACAUUUAUUGCUCUGUGUAAUGUUAUGAAAGAAGCAGAAGACACAGGUCGAAUCGACUUCUUUAAGACAGUUGUCAAAUUGAGACAAGACAGAGUCAUGAUGAUCCAAACCCCGGUAAAUUGACUCAGCUUAAUUUAACGUUUAGUGAACUCAUCAUAGAAAAAGCAAGUAAUGAAUUGUAAAUAAAAUCGUUCAUUAUAGGGAGAGAAACAAUUAAGGUUAUUUUAACAAGGCAUGAAACAAAACGUAUAUUUUAUGAAUCGUAUUUAAUUGUUUGCCAAAUAUUGAUAAUAUGCACAGAAAAAAUAGUCUAGGUUGAUAACAUCAACUAAGGCAUUUAUAAUAAACAUAUUAAGUCGUUGUACCUUUGAAUCAUUUUAUGAUUCUUUUUAAAUAUUUAGUUGUCAUAAAAAAAAUCAAAGAAAAAAAUUAUUUUAAAACUUUUCAUUUAACUGUUCAAAGUUUAGCAUCCUCAUGAAAGUAAUUAGGCUUAAACAUGGGUAUUCUACAUGUAUGCUUCACUAUACUGUAGGCUCAGUACGAAUUCUUGCACAGAGCAGCACAGGUGGCCAUAGUUUGUAUCGGAACAACGGUCACAUCAAGAGAUAUUACAGACAGGAUUCGAAUUCUGGGAGAGGAAGUUUUCAAAGGACGCACGAAAAUGGAGACAGAGUUUCAGGUAACAUCUGACAUCAUAAAAUAAUUUAGGCUUGAAUAUAAUUUCUGUGUUAAAUUGUAUGGAGUUUCUUCUCAGAAGUUAAAAGCACACCUUAAAUUCUAAAACUUCUGUAAUCUAAAAAAAAAAAAUAUUAAGAAAUCAAAUUUUAUUUGUAAUAUUAAAAACAAAUAGGCCGUGUGCUCGGUGAGUGGGGAUUUCACCAAACACAUUAAAGAUGUUGAGAACACAGAACAAGAAGCAAGUGUUUAUGAAAACAAUGUGAACAACACUGCCAUAGUAAAGAACAGAUUUCUUGAUAUUUUACCAGGUAUUUUUAUUCAAUAGGCAUAACUCAAUUCUUUUAAAACGUAAGUUUUUAUUCCAAUAAAAAUUUAUAAUAGCGGUGCUCUUUUUCAGCCUUGAAAUGGGUAGGCCCUGAGAUUUAACAAUGUAUCUAUUAUCACAUUAUAUUCCCUUGUGCCCAAAUAUAACUCUAAUAAGCUAAUGGCAUUUAUUUAUAUUGAUAAUUAUUUUUAAUUAAUUCAAAGAUAGUUUGACAUAAUUUGUCUUCUUCUUUUUCUUCUAUAUCUUAAGGGCCCACGAUCAAUUUAUUGAUCAUUUUGGCUCCUAUGCAUGUAGAUGGGAUUUGCAAUGUUUCUGUUACUGGUGGUGAUGAGGAAAUUAUGCACCAGGGGUUUGAAGGCUUGAGGCAAUAGACACAAAUGUGUCUAGUGUUGUCGCCUCAACUGUUCCUUUUGAAAGAUGGUUCCAGUCCCUGAUUGUCUUGGGCAGGAAUGAGCAGCUCCUAUACUGGCUUCUUGCUGGUAUGAGCCUGAAUUGCCUGUCUUUUUGGCUAUUAGUUUUAUGGUAUUGAGCUCCAAUGAGAUCGAACCUCUCUCUCUCACAAAACAUCGCCCCCUCCCACAUAAAAAAAGAAGAUUCAUGUACCUUUAACAGGUAUGUUUAUACAUGUUUAUUGUGAAAAUUGUUAUGGAGAAUUUACAUUUUAUAAUAAGAUAUACAUUGAAUUAACCUUGUUUGUCCUUUAAAAGAAAAGGCUUACAGUGCUCUACUGAUUCCCGACGAUAGCCAUUCAGGAGAUUACAUCAAUGCCGUCGUAGUUCCGGUAAUGUGGUUUAAUAUACGUUUCAUGGAAACAAAAUAUCAUUUAUAUUUUAUAUUUUCUUCUUUCAUUAGACAUUGCAACGACCUUACUUUACUAAGUCGCGGCCCCAAUACAAUGUUGCGGCCUUCUUACGUUGUCUACAGUUACGGCCUUCUCAAUACUUGACAUGUUAGGAUCUUCGUCCUUACACUUCAACACAUAUAGUUACGUUUACUGCACAGUCAGCAGACUCCACGUUGCCUAAGGGUUUACUACACUGUCUUAGUAUCUAUAUAUAUGUAUAUCACAACUCCAGCAUGGAAAUACAACAGUUAUUUAUUUACAGCAUCCAAUAGCAAUUCACAGUGACAACGUUCUCUGGCGAUAAUACUAACUCUCAACUUGUCUCUCUCUGGGCGUCGUCUCAAACAACAAGCUAUCAACUCCCGGCUCAGCUCUGGACUAAAGUGUCUCUCUAUCCUAGCACAAAUAACAACCAACCAAAACACAGCCCUUUUAUAUCCCUACAAAACACUCAGCAUACACUAACGUUCUACACCACGAGCCAACUUCACGCUCUGAUCUCACGAUCAACAACUGCCCCUAUCCAACAUUCACAACAAUCUAGUUCACAACAGACACACACGGUAAAAAUCUUUACUAAUCUAUAUUUAAACGUAUGAACUAAUUUUAUCCUUUUUGUCAUGUGGGUUUGUUAAUUUCUUGUGUACUUUCAAUUUAAGACAAUACAAAAUUAAAAAAAAAAAAAAUGUUAUUUCUGAAAAACUAAUGGAUUAUUUCACUAAAUCUUUGAUAAUUCUUAGAGUUUGAAAAAGAAAGACCAACAAGUUCUGACCCAACUUCCCCUUGCCACCACAGUUGUUGACUUCUGGAGACUUGUUAUGGACUAUAAAGUGUCACUUAUUGUAGAGUUUGAAUUUAACCUGCAGUCUACUGACCCGGUAAAUAUUAAUUAAAAAGUUAUACAACAAUAUGUAGAACUGCCAACGUCAAAAAAAAUGUAUAAAAGUUGAUAAUGUUCAAGAAAUGGAUCUGUGAGAAUUUGUAAAUAUGUUUCGUUAGUCAUUAUUUUCAUAAACUGUCUAGACUUAAAUGUGUGUUGCGUUUCCUAAGUCUAUUGCAGAUUAUCUCCCCUCUAAGUCAGGCGAGUCAUUAACAUUCGGAACCAAUGAAUUACGUAUAAUUUCUUCAAAGAAGUCCACUUUAUGGGAGGAGCUACAACUGUCAAUCAGGACAACAAAGAAAUCUACUCAUGUUACAUCAGUAAGUUUAACUAAUAUUACAGUUUUUUUAUUGCUAUACUUACCGAGUUACUUAUUUACUUUUACCUUUCACCAGCCAGGGGAAUAAGUCGUCUAUAAGAAUGUUCAAUUCAUCCUGGACAUGUGCUUACCCUUCCAGGUAUUUAAAGGUGCAUCCCAUAUCUGCCCAUAGCUCGCGUCUGCAUGUCUUCUUUUGGCUUCUUCUCUUCAUUUUACCCCUGGUUUCCCUGUUUGGGAUUGUCAGGUAGUGUUAUCUGGGGGUUGAAGAAGAGUUGCCAAAUCCAACUUCUGCUUUUCCUUAUGAUAACUUCAGUAAACUCUUCUUUUAAGUCCUUUCCAGUAAGUCUUUGCCGGUAAUGAUCAUAUUUUUUUCAUUUAAUGUUCAGGGUCUAUCUAUGUAAAGUGUUUUUGAAUGAAUGAACGUUCUACCUGAUUCUCGUUGUUCUUCUCCAAAGUUCGGCUAAAUAAAGUAGAACUGUUUUGACAAUUGUGUUUACAAGUCUAGCUUUGAGUUGCAGAGUUAGCUCCGUAGAAUCCCAUAUUUUAUGUAAAUACACAUUGGCUGACCUAGCCCUGAAAUCAGCUUCAAAUCAACCAUGUAUGUCAUUGGAAUUGCCAAAGUAUGUGGAGGCGUCCAUUUUUUGGUGCAUUAACUGCCAUAGAGAUAUGCUUUUGGUUGGCUAAGUUUACCUUAAUGACAUUGCUUUCUUUUAAUUAAACUAAAUUCGAGCUUUGCUUAAUGUUAACUCUAUCUCUUGUCUUUUCCUGUAUUCGUUGCUGGUUUUGGGACUGAAGUGCGAUGUCAUCUGCAAAGUCUAGUACAUUCAGUUGUUCUACAAUGUUGUUCAAUGUACACAAAUUCCUCUUUUUGUGUGUGGAUUCUUGUAUUAUCCAGUCAAUGACAAGGAUGACAAUGAAGGAGUCAAGAGACAUCCUUGUCGGGCUCCUGUUUCCCCUUUAAAAGGAAUCUGUGUGUCUCCAACUUGCAAGCUACGUCUUCAUACGAUCUCUAAAUGACCCUGACAAUUAUUUCCUAUAAUGCCGGAGUUGAAAUAAGAUUUGUCGGUAGAGGUUAUGAAAGAACUUUUUGAUUAGAUGAAUAAAAGAUAACGAAGUGGGUUGCAUUCAAUGGUCUGUUCUACAAUGAUGCAUAGUGUUGCAAUAUGGUAUGUGCUUAUCUGUUGUGGGGAGAAUCAAUCCUGUUAAUCUAGUACCGUAGAAGCCUUUCAUUAUAUUCAGAAUGAUUCUGCGAAAUAACUUUCCUGAAACUGACAGAAGUUAAAUGCCUCUGUAUUUUUCAAUUUUCCCGAAAUCCAUUUUGUUGGUAUAUUGAUGAGGUCCUCUUUCCAAUCUUUCGAAACUCUCUCCUUUCAAUAUCUUUAUAAUAGGGUUUGUAGCACUUUGAUUAUAAUAUCCGGUCUAGAUGCUUUCCAAAUAUUAAACUUCCAGGUCAAUUACAACGUGUUAGUGAUAUUUAAUUUUUGAGUUUGUGCUUGGCCGAUCCUAAUAAAACUUUGCAUGGGGAUGUUACGGACAUCUUUAUGUUUUGCCAUUUAUGUUUGUUCUGUUCCUCAUCUGUUUGGACUGGCAGUGCCUGGAACAUAUUUCUUAAGGCAACAAUAGAUUGCGGUCGUUUGUCAGAAGUUGCAUUUUAGUUGCCUUUCAGAUGGCUUUGAACAGUUUUUUUACACGUUUAGCUUGAGUUUUGCCCAAACAUUAUGAUGAUAAAAUGUAAUUUAAACUCUUCUUUUAGUGUGCACGUCAAGUUUUUCGCCAAUGCAUAUGUGGUCGAUUUUGUUUUCCGCUUUAUUAACAAGGACACAGACCAACGUUACUUCGUGGACAUUCUUAUGCAGGUAUACGUUCCCUAAUAAAGAGCUCAUUCGAUGUACAGAAGUCUGGCAGACUCUUGCCGUUUUCAUUUCUAACUCCUAAAUCAUGGCACAACGCAAUUUCUUCCAAUGAGCUUUUUUCUUUCCCAAUCACAGCAUUUAGAUAUCCCAUCAUGAUAUUUUGGUCUCUACGUGAAAAUUGUUCCAGUAUAGCUGGUAGUCUAUUGUAGACAUGUUAUUUCUUCAUCCUCCUUACUAUCAAUGUUAGAUUCAUAGUACUUUAUUAGAUUCAUAUCUAUUUACUUCAUCUUGGUUCGGAAAGGUGCUGUAAUAAUACUUGGACCAUGGGCUACACAUCCUAUCAAUUGUUCCAUCCGUGCAAUCAUGAAAGCGACUUCUUAUGUGUGUGGAGUAUCUUUCUCCAGGUGCCCUGUGUAUCUUAGUGUUUUGCCAAGGCAAAAGUUUAUUCUCCAUCAUUUGUCCAUUUUUUUUCACAUGCUGAGCUGCGUGAUCUUAUAAGGUGUCAUUUCUGCUGCAACCUGUGCUGAUUUCCCCGUUUCCCCACAAGAUCCUGACAUUCCUCGAGCAUAUACUUUCUGUAUUCAAAAUGAGGGUCAUCAGCUUUGAGGCGUCUAGUAUCACUGCGUUUUGCUGCAAUGUUUCAUAACUUGUCUUGUGCAAGCUUAGUAUCCUCCUAUCAACGCUAAAAUAUUUUUAUUUUUCUAUAUGCUUUUUCUUGUAUGAAUUAACAUAUUUAAAUAAACUGAAACAACAAACUCAGUAGUUCUACUCUUUUAGACUACUAUUGAAAGCGUUAUAAACUUCAACAUUUGAACACCGAUGAAUCUUCAGAAUACUUUUGUUUUCAUAACAAUCUAUCUUUUAGUAAGAAAUUUGUUGAAAAAAAAAAGACUUAAAUAAUUUCAAGCAACACUUUGACAACAAUAUCUAAUUAGGUUAUAUCUUAAAACGUAACGAACUUUUCAUCUUUAAUAAAAGUGAGGAUAGUUUCUUUAAUUAAAAAAAAAAUAAUUAAAAAAAUCAAAACAAAAAAAAAACAAUUCGAGACAAUUUCUGCCGUUAUCAACAGGUUGACCAGUUAAAAGUUUCUCUCUUGAAAUGUUUCUCAACUGAGCUGGAUGUCAAGAAUCUUCUACUUUUACUUAAACACAUCAGGUCGUGUAAGUCACCAGGAGAGGAAAGAGUUCUUUACAUGUGCAGGUAGAUCUUUAUAAACGCUUUUUUUUUUAAGUUUGAUAAUGAAGGAUUAGUAUUCUCCUUUUUUAAAAAUAUUAAAUAAAAGAAUAUUUUUUCACAAAAUAAUUUAAGAUCGGACCAUAUUUUAAAAACCUAGCAAAAUGUUACAAUAUGUUUUACAAUUUGCGCUACAGCUUGUUUGUCAAUAAUAAAAUAAGGCCGUAGCUAGAUGUUAAUAUAAUUCAUUAAACUAUAUUUAUAAUUGUUUACUUUGAUGUAGAGAUGGCGCCAAGUACAGUGGAUUGGCUUGUGUACUGACUUUGUUGUUGGACAGAAUGGACAAUGACCUUCGCUUGACCGUACCACUUGUUGUGGGAGCCAUUAAGUCUAUUAGACCACAGGUCAUCCCCACACUGGUAAUAAAGAUUACAUUGAUUAUAUUUUUUACACCUCUCAAAAUAAAAAAACCCCACAAUAAUCCAUUGCCCAUUAAAUUAAAUUAACAUAACUGUAUUACUUUAUAAUAAUUCAUAAAAUAUCUUAUAUUGUGUGGUUGAUUAAUUUCAAAAGUAGUAUAUCAUUUUCACUGUAUUAGGUCUAAAACACUUAGGUACUAUGUUUUUGCAAAAAGUCAAUGGGUGAUAUUUAUUUAACUCUCUAUUUUGUCCUUUGUCAACCAGGAUCAGUACAGAAUACUCUACCAAGUGUUACAUCGUUACACUGAGUCUACGUCAUCCUACACUAACUUUGGAGACUAUCAGCAG